AUGAAGCUUCGCCUGGGCAAGGGCUUCACUCUCGACGAGCUGCGCGAGGCGAAGAUCCCGGUCAAGAAGGCCAUGACCAUCGGCAUCGCCGUGGACCACCGCCGCCGCAACCGCUGCGCCGAGAGUCUGCAGGUCAACGUUGACAGGCUGAAGCUGUACAUGUCCAAACUGCUGGUCUUCCCCCGCAAAUCGGGCAAGAAAGGUGUCAAGAAGGGCGACACGCCCAAGUCGGAGCUCCAGAACGUCGCGCAGAACACCCUCAAGGAGAUCAUCCCGAUCCCGAAGCCCAACAUGGAGGUCGAGUCCCGUGCCAUUACCGCCGCCGAGAAGGAGGCGUCCGCCUACAAGAAGCUCAAGAAGGCCCGCACCGACCUCAAGUACGACGGCGCCAAGCGCAAGAAGGCCAACGCAGGCGCCUGGGGCCAAGACUGA